AUGUUUCUUUUAGGAGGAGGAUUGCCUUCAGGAGCUAUCUUUGUUAUAGAAGAAGAUAUUUUAGAUGAAGAUCCCAGGAGCAUAGUGAGCGAAUUGCCACAACCUUGUUUUGAGCAAGAGAAGGAAAUACUUUCCGAAGGUGCAAAGGCUGAAAUGAAAAUAGCCUGGAGAUAUGAAGGCCUUGGCUUAGUGGAAUCAUCAUUUGGAAGGAGUUCCAACUUUGGUCAUAACUUUGAUUUAAGUAAACAUAUUGAUAAAGAAACUAUACAACAAAGUGAUGUAACAUAUGUCUUUAUUGAUGAUGAUUUAAAAAAAAAUUCAGAUCAAAAAGGUUUUCAAAACUCAAUUUAUAUUAAAUUGUUGACCAAAAUCAAAGAUGUUAUAUCAAAAGAUGAAUUUAAAACAAGCAGUAAGAACAAAAACAUUUUACGUUUAUGUAUACAAUCACUUGGUUCGCCAAUUUGGAUGGCAGCUGACUGUGAUGAUGAUCCCAUAAACAGCAGCUAUGGACAAGAUUUAAUAAAAUUUUUAUACAGUCUCAGAAUUAUCCUAAGAGACACUUUAGCUGUCGCUUUUAUAACUAUUCCUUCUCACAUAUUUAAUGAUGAUCAUUUAAUGGCGAGAAUUCUAUAUUCUGUUGAUAAUGCCGUCAGGAUUGAGUCCUUUGCUGGGUCUAGCCGUGAAACAAAUCCUGUUUAUAGUGACUACCAUGGCUUGUUUCAUGUAACAAAGCUGUCUGCCAUAUACUCACUUAUGCCUUAUGUUCCACCCAGUCUGGAUUUAGCAUUCAAAUUAAGAAGGAAAAAAUUCGUCAUUGAGAAGCUACAUUUACCACCAGAAUUGCAAGAGUCUAGCGAAAGAGAGCAAGAUGACAUUACAGCAGUGCCGAAAGCAACUGGUUGUGGAGGAUUUAGGAAGAAGGAUAUUGACUUU